CACCUCUCGUCAGACGACACUGUUUUUUUUGGUUAAGAUCUAAAAUGAGUGAUGAACAACGCCUGCUUAUACGCAACUUUAUUGACCAAAACAUUUCUUUACUUUUUCCAACGAUUUAGCGCAGCACCAUGAACGCCAUUUUAUAGUACCUGUCAUAGUAAAAUAAGUUGAUUCUUUAUUUGGAGGAAGACUUGACAGUGACUGAUACAGAAAUCGAAAGUAGUGAGUGACGUCGGUGACAUAUUUUAAAAAGAAAAGAUGAGUUCAGCUGACGACCUGAAAUACUUCAUGUUAAUUGCUCAACCACCUUCCCAUGGAUAUCUAAAACCCGGCCAAAUAUGCCACACACAUAAGACACUAUACGAAGGCAGAAAGAAGAGAAACGAUACCGUGUUGCCUGUAACUUUUAUUGGUGAAACAUAUGAAAGGGAUCUAAAAGCUGAUCUUUUGCGACCACUGUCACGAAUAGCAGCUGAGUUACUGCUUGCACUUGAAGAUAAUGCAGAGCGCAUUAUGGCAUUGGCUGGACAAGCUUUAGUGACCUCUUUGGCCCUCUCAAAAGGCAGUCAAGUUUUUGUGGAAUACAAAAACGAAUGGCUCACAGGUGUGAUUCAGUACAUUGGCAGGAUAACACCUUGUACCCGUGAUCCUAUAGCAGGAGUCUUCUUUGGGGUGGAAUUACAGGGAGAACAUAAAGGGAAAGGCCAGAAUGAUGGCUCGUUCUCCUCCAAAAACUACUUCCGUUGCGACAGAAACUCUGGCAUUUUUGCUCCCUUUACAAGAAUCAAACCUAAGGAUUCUAAAACCCCCAUGUCACCUAAGACAUCUACUGAGAUUCUAAAGAGUGGGGACAGGGUUGCAUAUUUUGAUGAAAAAGCUCACCAUGGCAUGGUUAUGGAGAUAGUGGAUGAUGAGGGCAUAAAAAUGGUUCUCAUAUCUACAGAUAAGGAUGAGGAGGGGAAGGUUGGGGGAGUGAAACAGGUCCCACUGGAUUAUGUUAUUAAAGAGGAGUUGUUAAAUAAAGACGAAACUGAAAAAAUUGACAUUUCUCAUUACCCAGAAAUAGGGGGUGUGGUUGAUUCUGCAGAAAUUACUGUUGGGUCUUUAGUGAAGGUGAUAUAUAACGGACCUGUUUAUGGAAUCAUCCGAUGGAUUGGAUAUAUGCCAGAUUUCCCUGAAAAGCGGGCUGGGCUGGAACUGGAGAAUGACUGUGGAGUGAGUGAUGGAACAUUAAAUGGAGAACGUUACUUCAAGUGUGCUCCUAAAUGUGGUUUAUUUGUGAAACUGUCAUCUUGUAAACCCGAUGACCGUUUCUCUGUGUCAAAGGAAACAACGUUUAAUGGAUAUUAUGAUAAUGAUGGGGAAAAUCCAUGUGUGGAAGAGGAGAAUGUGCCACCAAUCAGUUCAGAAGACGUAUUAAACAGAUUGACAGGAUGUAUGAAGGGCGUUCAGGGUCACUGCAACUCUUGUUACAUGGAUUCUGCCUUGUUUAGUUUGUUUUCCUGUUCAUCAGUCCUGGAUUCUCUGCUUUUUAAAUCCACAAAAAAGGAAGACAAACCCAUUCAGAAUACUCUCCUGAAGGAAAUUGUCAACCCUCUACGCAAACAUGGUUUUGUACGAGAGAAGAGUGUGAUGAAGCUUCGACAACUAUUACAAAAGCGUAGCCGUUGCUCAACUUACACCACAGAUGAAAAGGAUCCUGAAGAGUUUCUAACUCUUAUCAUGCAAGAGGUUCUCUCUCUAGAUCCUCCGCUCAAACUUUGGAAUCAGUCAGGAAAUAACGGCAAAGUAGAAACCUCUUACUACUACCAAAUCUUUAUGGAUUACAACCAUGAUUUAGUACUGCCAACAGUUCAGCAGCUUCUGGAACAUUCCUUUUACAGCAACGGUCUCAAACUCGCAGAGGUACCAGCCUGUCUGAUUCUUACUAUGCCUCGCUCAGGAAAGAGUUUCAAAAUGUUUCCAAAAAUCAUUCCUUCAACGGAGCUGGACAUCACUGGCCUUCUUUCUCAUGGUCCUCAGCCAUGUGUGUUGUGUGGUCAGCUAGCAAGUAAAGAGUGUGCUGAAUGCUUCAGAGACGCAGUUUUUAGUCAUACAGGAUUCAAAUACUUCUGUUCAACAUGUUCAACUCAGGUUCAUUCUCACCAACAGCGUCAGGGGCACAAACCCAGCACAUUACAGCUUCCUCAAGGCUUUCUUAGUUCAGGGUCUGAUCCACGCACUCCUCCACGAGAGAAACUGGAGCUGUUCGCUGUGCUGUGUAUCGAGACCAGCCACUAUGUCUCAUUUGUCAAAUACGGACCACAAGCUACUGACUGGAUCUUCUUUGAUAGCAUGGCUGACCGGAUUGGUGAAGAAGAAGGCUACAAUGUCCCAAAAGUGAGCCCGUGUCCUGAGGUCGGCCAGUAUCUACAUAUGCCUCUGGCUCAGCUAGCAAAUCAGAUACCUCGAGAUAUGGAAGGAGUAGCGAAACGGCUCUUCUGUGAUGGUUACAUGUACCUUUACCAGAGCCGAAGUAUUUCUCUUUAUCGGUAAUUAAAUUAAUGUUCAGCACAGGCACACACAAACGGUAAAUGAGAACUUGCAAUCUAAUUAUUAAUGACUACAUCUGCUUUGUAAUGUUCAGGUGGGCGGGACAAUAUUAUUAAACAUGCUGGAUAAGGAUAAUCCGUCUGAUAAGAUGAUUUUAACUUAGAAUUUAAAUGUGCCUUAUAUGUAUAAAGAAUUGCAAUAUAACAUUGGAAGUUUUACUAAAUUUCUAUUAAAUUUUCUAUUUAUGCCUACUACUGCACUGUAAUAAGACAAACUCUAGCUUGCUGCCUAAUUCUUGUAUGUAAAUUGGGGGUAAAGAUAUUUUUGUUCACAUUUGUUAUUGACAAGAUGAAUGGUUGUGAAAAAUAAUACUGUAAAAUAUCUUUCUAUUAAACGUUGAGGUUUGUGACACUUAUGUAGCUUUCCAAUUGUUGUUGGCUUUGAGGUCCAUUUAUUUAAUUCUCUAUUGUGCUCUCUGACAAGUGAAUAACAUUAUGAACCAUAUGUAAUGACAGUUUCAUAAAUUAUCUGUCAGAAUGUUUUGAUUUAUUUUACUACACAUCCAUUCAUUACACAAGCUGUCCCUCGAAAAUUGUGUUCGGAUGUUGUUCUAGUGCAUUUGAUUUAAUUUCAAUGAAAAAGAUCAACCAAUAAAUAAACAUGUUUUGACAGCAA